UAUUUGAAUCAAAAUCCGGAAAAUGCAAGUCUGUAUGCAAAACUGAAAAGCAUCGAUGCUGCAACAGUCGAUCCAAGUUGCAGUAAUCCAGGGUUUGAAGCUGUGGCUGGCAAUUAUCUAAAGGUGUUUGACGACAUUAUAGGUACGGUUGAAGAAAAACCCGGUGACGUACAACAAGCAUGCGACCGACUAAUGGCAGUGGGAAAAAUGCACCGCACAAAGGUUUCCGGCAUGCAGAACAGUGCCUUUCAAAAUAUGGAGGAACCGUUUCUGAACAUGGUGAAGGAAGCACUCCAGGACCGUUUCAAUGAGAAAGCCGAGGGCCUAUUCAGA